AUGGUCGCCAAAUCCCUCUUCCUGUCUCUGCUCGGCUUGGGCGCUUUUGUCUCUGCCCACACACCACCCUCCGACCCAGCAUCCAUUCAAGCCCAUCAGCACCUCGCUCAAAAAUGCGGCCCAAAGGUCAAUCAAAUGAAGCGCGCCCACGCCCUCCGCCGCCGUGGCUCCAUCGACCCCGGCACCACCGAAACAGACUACACCAUCCACGCGCAAGCCCCCAAGUACGACUUCAUCCGCAACUGGACCAGCAUUCUCACGCCUGAAACCAGUAACGGGCCGUACUUCUAUCCGCGCAGUCAAACCCUCAGACAAGAUAUCAGGGAAGAUCAGUCCGGUGUUCCGCUGAGUUUGGAGAUCGGGGUUGUUGAUGUUGAUACCUGUGAGCCGGUGCAGGAUGUCUUGGUUGAUGUCUGGCAUUGUAAUGCGACGGGGUCGUAUAGCUCGUUUACGGGAUUGUCGCCCAAUGAUCCUUUUGAGGAGGUGUACGCCCAGCAGGACAAGGGAAAACCGUUUGAUCUUCACGACGGACUUCCUGAUCUUUCCUUCCUCGCAACGGAUAAUUCAACCUGGCUUCGGGGCAUGUGGCCAACAGACAAACACGGUGUUACCUCGUUCACGACCAUCUUCCCUGGUUUCUAUAUCCAACGCGCAAUCCACAUCCACGCCCAAGUCCACACAAACUGGACCAUCCGCUCAAACGGUACCCUCGUCCAUGGGCCCAUCGUGAGCACAGGUCAGAUCUUCAUCGACGAGAAACUCGAGCAGGAGAUCAUGGCCCUGGAGCCAUACGCGAGUCAUACGGAGAUUGAACGGGUCAAGAAUCUCGAUGAUGGGAUUUAUGCGACUGAGUCGAACACCGGGGCAAUGACCAUUCUUGAUACCGAGCCGUUGGAUGGCGUUGAUUAUAAGAAUGGGGUUGUUGGAUACAUCACUCUGGGAAUUCAACGAACGCAUAUCAGGAACGGGACUACUAUUGACGCUUUGCCGAGUCCGAGUCCCACUCCUAGUUCCUGA